AUGCCUCGAGUUGCCCAGGCGCCACGCCCCAGCAAUAGCAGGGCCGCACCUGGUUCCAUCGCCGCCUCUCCUUUCAAGUCGCCCGUGAAAAUCCCUUUAAACGACGAUGUGCAAGAGAAGGCGAAGAGGCUGCAAUCCCGACAAGCUCUUCACGAUAUUCAGAUGAACCAAAUCAAAGCUGCCGCAUCGCCAAUGCGAAGGCACACAAGCCUUGAGCAAGCGGGCGGCUCACCAUCUUCGAACCCAAAAACACCGCGACGAGCGCCCGGAAAGGAGAAUGAUCUCGACGGAGGAGUGCUCAUGGUUGGAGGAAGUGCGGUCACGCCCAUGAAACGAGUACCGAUACUUGCCAAUUUCGAGGAAUGGAUGAAGAUGGCUACAGACAACAAGAUCAAUGCUACCAACUCGUGGAAUUUUGCCCUCAUCGACUAUUUUCACGACAUGUCAUUGCUGAAGGAGGGUGACGGUGUCAAUUUCCAGAAGGCUAGUUGUACCCUGGACGGGUGUGUCAAGAUUUACACGAGCAGGGUUGACAGCGUGGCCACGGAAACUGGAAAGCUCCUAAGUGGUCUUGCGGACAGCGGAAACAACAAAAAGAAACGGGAUGAGAAUGAGGACGGGGAAGAGAGUGAAGAAGAGGUAGAGGAUGAAGAUGGAGUUGUUAGGAAGAAACCUAAGAAGAGGGUAUGUAUAGCCGGUUCCUCGUAUGUUGAUGCCCAGGCCCAAAGGUCUUCCGAAGCAACAUUAGCAUCCUCUUUUUCAGCCUUACAGCUCAAGAAAUUUGAACUCGAGUUCUCUGUAGAUCCCUUGUUCAAGAAAGCCUCGGCAGAUUUUGAUGAGGGAGGAGCUAAAGGGCUUCUGUUAAAUCAUCUGGCCAUAGACUCGCAGGGUCGCAUUGUUUUCGACAGUAGUGAUGAUGCCGGUGAUGCAUCGGGAGAAGGGCAAGCAACCAGACGAAAAAACGACAAGGUCCGAGAAGAGGAAGAGGAAGAAGAAGAAGUAGAGCCUGAUUCUAUGGCGGACACAACCGUAAAGGAGCCCGAAGACGAAGAGGAAGAUGUUGAAAUUGAUGUCGGAGCUCUUGGUGCCAGGUUCUUCCCCAACCUUGACCGAUUGGAGGAACAAGAUAUCUGCCCAUCCUUGAAGAACUUUGACCUGGGUGAUCCGUCUGGCUCAAUGGAUAUCCCUUUCUUGAAGGCCCCAGAAGACUGGCGACAGGAGAAGGAUAAAUCACCCGAGCUGGGGGUUGUAGGUGAUAAAUCUGGCAUCUUUCUCGACGAUGACAAUCCAGCCGGUUUUGAAGAUGACGAUGAUGGUUUGCUUGGAAAUUUUGAGAUUCCUGCGGACGCCGGAUUUGGAGAAGGAGGUGAAGCCUGGGCACGUGAUGCCGCAAUCGAAACCCGAAUGCGCGUUCAUGAUGCUGGAUAUGAUAACGACGGGAUGGGAGGUGGAGAUGGCGAAGACGGCGAAGGUAUGGGGGCGGGUGCUUUCGAUCCCGAGACCGGCGAGUAUGUCAUAUCAAUGGAUCGCGGAGGAAAGAAUCAGGUUGGGCACGAUGAUAUAUUGAGUUACUUUGAUGAAGCAUUGCAGAAGAACUGGGCAGGUCCCGAGCACUGGCGGAUUCGAAAAAUCAAAGACGUCAACAAACCAGCUUCAGCAGCAAAACCACGAAAGGAGAAGGAACCCUUUGAGAUCGAUUUUACAUCGCCCUUGAGUGCAAGCCUCGCGGAGACUAUUUACACACCGGCCGCAUCAAACACGGUUAUCUCUCUUCCCAAAAAAGACUGGAAGUCAAAGACGAGGAAUCUACUCCCUGAUGACAAGCAUUUCAACUCCAAGCAGUUACUAAGGCUUUUCCUGAAACCCAAAGCUCGCAUGGGAAGUCGACGAUCCGGAUUCGGAGCAAAGCCUGGUGCCUUUGGCCAGCAAAGAGACGAAGAGGCACCUGAAGGUGAAAUGGACGAGGCUUUCUGGGCACGCAAAGAAGAUCCUAACGCGGCUGGUGCCGACGACCCAUUACCUCAAGGUGACUACGACGCAAAUUUCUUCCAAGAUGAUGGCUUGGCGAUGCCAGGAGUUGAUGAUGAUGAUGACAUGGAGUUUGCUGAUGCUCGAGAUCACUUCUCACCCGGUGCAGAGGAGAGAGGUGAUGGAGGCAUGGCGGGAAUCAGCACCGUGCUGAAUGGGGGUAUGGGCCCAGCCACCGAUACGGAGGGGGCGUUUGGGACACAACUCGUCACUCAAAGCCGAAGACUGAGACCAGAAUAUGUCCAAUACGCUCGGGUGGCUAAGAAGGUCGACGUCCGAAGACUGAAGGAGGAGUUGUGGAAAGGAAUUGGGAAUGCCGGUCUUGAAGACGCACCUGGACGCCUGCCUACACCCGAAGUGGAAGCAAAGCAGGGAGAGGAAGACGGUUUGAAAUUCACAUCAGUGAUGCAGAACCUGCAGAAGGUGUAUCCAAAACAGGCGAUGGACGACAUCUCCACGAGCUAUUGCUUCAUUUGCUUGUUGCACUUGGCGAACGAAAAAGGAUUGGUCAUCGAGAAACAAGAGGGACUCAUGGAGUUGAAUAUCAAGAGGGAUCCGACGGCUGAGAUUACCGUC